AUGAAGAAAGAAGUUUUGGAUUUAAUCGAUAAAGGUGGUAGUCAGCGGAAAAUCGCUGAAGCUUUUUCUGUUGCGAAGUCAACUGUUGGGAACAUCGGUAAGAAUAGGAGCGAGGUUCUGAGAGCCUGGAAUAAAAACUGCUGCAGUGAAAGAAAACGAAAAUUACGGAAAACUGGAAAUGAAGAGCUCAACAACUUCGUUUUUGAGUUUUUCUGUAAAUGUCGUUCUAUAGACAUUUCAGUGAGUGGACCUAUGCUUCAGUCAAAAGCUAAAGAAAUAGCAGAAAAGCUUGGUAUAGAAAAAUUUCAAGCUAGCAAUGGUUGGUUGGAAUCUUUCCAAAGAAGACACAACAUUAAUUUUCCGAUUCUCUGCGGCGAAUCAGCAGCAGCGGAUUUAGCUCCUGAAAAUCAAUUCAACGCUGAUGAAUUCGAAUUACUUUAUCGACAGAUGUCAAGAAAAAGCUUGGUGGUCAAAGGAGAAAAAUGCGCAGGUGGAAAGCUUGCAAAAGAAAGGUUAACUGUACUUGCCUGCUGCAGUUCUACUGGAGAAAAAUUGAAGCAACAUCGGAAGUUCAACCUCUUUCAUACAGUUCGUUUGGUAAAUAGUGCCUGGCAGGAAAAUUCAUCAGAAAAAAUUAGCAAAUGCUUUCAACGCUCAGGUUUCAAAGAAAGAACAGAGGGAAUAGAUGAAGACGAAGAUGUAGGCUUAGCUGAGGUGAUAAAUUCUUUUUCACCUGAAAUUCAAAAUGACGUACUUUCAGUUGAUGACAUUAUUAAUGCCGAUGCUGAGUUGAUUCUUGAUGAAGAAAUACCUACUGCAUCUGACGAUAUUUUAGAAUCAAUUUUGCAGCAAAAAGAACACUCUGAUGCCGAGUGUUAUGAUAGUGACAUCGAUGAAACAGUGAACGACGACAGUACACCAGUGCCAACUCAUAAAGAAGCUCCACAAUAUAUAGGGUAA